CCGGCCCUUUCCCUUCGCAUGCCUUUCCCCUUUCCGUUUCUUCCCCUUUCCGCUGCUCCUUUGUAAGCUCUGCUGUGUCUGCGCUCAUUUUCCCCGCUGCUUCUGCCCCGGUUGCCCGGAGCUCGGUCGGCCGCCCGGCUUGCCACCUGCGGGAGUGCGCGCCCGCGUCCCGCCGCCGCCCCAUCCACCUGUCGCGCUGCGGUCCUCCCCCGGCCUCCCUUGCCCCCCGCGCCCUGCCGCUUCUCUGCUCCUCCUCUUAGGUAUUUCUCCACCUACGUGUAGACUGGAUGUUUUUAAAAAGAGCAGCCUAAACCAGAAGGAGAAGCUUUUUAAAUGGGCCCUUGAAUUUUUGACUUUAUAUGUGUGUGUGUCUGUGUGUGUGUCCCUUUUUUGAAAUUGUCUUCUCAGAAGCGGUUUUAUUGCGUUUUGAACAGCCGAUUUAUUCACGUUAAGACUGCUGCAAGAAAUUCAUAUAGAAGCCUUUGCCAUUCCGAGUCUCUAAAAGACAUUUUGGCAAUAUUUGGGAAAUGAGUUAUUUAGUUGGAGCCAGACUUACAGAGGCCACUGUCCAGAGGGAGGAAAGAUGGUCAGAGAUAAAAGACAACAUCAAUUUUGGUCGGCUUACUGCCAGGGUGCUCGGUGGAGAGAUAAAAACUGCAUGAUUGCUUCAUUAACCUUUUAGUUUCUACUUAAAAGGCUAUGCAGAAUGUGUAAAUCCUUAUCAUUUGGGGGCUUUUAGUGAAUUUCAUUAGAUAAGAAUACAUUUAGUUUUUUUCUUAUCCAGUUGAUCAGAUUUUUAUCUUUAUCCCGGGUGUUCAACAUUUUAUUUCAGAUGAAAUGACACGUUGGAAAUGAGAUCCUGUUCUUCACAUCAGAUUUUCUACUUUUGAAAACAAUUUUUUAAUGUAUACACCACUUUGUCCUUUUUUCCUUUCCCCUUUGAGUAUUUUAGGUUUUGGGUCUUUGGAGUGGCGUGUUUCCUUUUGCUUAGCAUGUAUAGAGAAAAAUUCUCUUUAUACCUACUAAGCUUUGAACUAAGGACUCCUAAUGUUAACACCAUUAGCCAAAUGGAUGGUCAUUGGCCUAAAGCUUAUAAAUUUUUCUAAUGAAGAAACACUUUGGGAUAUUUUAUAUUAAUCAAUUCCUAAAAGAGCCAGUAAGGCUGCAGCCUGUUAUCUCCAGUUAGUAAAUACCAACCGACCUUAGCUAUAGUCUUGACUUUUUGGUGUUACCCAAUACAGUAAUUUCACUGAUGACAGUGUAUUUAUUGUAGUUUUAAAAAUACCAAACAAUUUAUGAUCUCACGUUAGUAUAUUUAGUUUACAGGCACGGUAAAGUUGUUAAAUCAUUUAGAAAGGAACUUUUGUCCCUUUGGUCUAUAAUCCUGCUUGCCUUUUGAAAGCAUAUUUACAAAGAAUAUAUUUCUCAUUUUUAUUCCCUCAAAAUAGCAAAUAUCUGUGUCCAGUGUACCCACAGGGAGUUAGUGUUUAUGUAUUGUCAGACGUCAUGAACUUUUUCCAUAAAAGGCUACAUAAUAUUUUAGGCCUUUGCAGGCCGGAUGGUUUUGGUCAAAACUGCUCAACUUCACUGUUGUAGCUCAGAAGCAGCCAAAGACGAUACUAAACAGAUGAACAAAUAAGUAAGCAAAGUUGUGUUCCCAUAACACUUUAUUUACAAAAAGGGUGAUUAUCCAAGUUUUGCACAGAUUUGGCCUGUGGGUUAUGGUUUGCUCAGACCCCUACUGUAAGUGCUUGUACAUACACAUUUGAGGUUUUUUUUUUGCUAAAGAUUAAUUUACUUAGAUUAGGGGCAUAGGUGGGAAUAUGUAUAAAUAAGACGAGUAGGAGAAUAAACGCUGUGUAAGAGAUACUCUUCAUAAUAUCUCUAAGUUUUAGAAUUUAAAAGGAUACUUGGGAAGUCUUGAAUUAAAUACUCAAGACCGUUAAGAGGAUAUCUAACAGCAAAGAGUAGUGGCAGGGAAGGCUUAAUCAGCUUUGAUACUAAACUGGGGCAACAAUGAGGGCUGAACUUGUGAAUUCUACCUUUGAUUGUCAGAGCCCCGUGGUUGCCACACGGCACCAGAGUGUGUUCUCUCCACCCUUUCCACCGCACUGUUUCUGGGUGAGUUCAGAGCUGGCCGACACAGAGUGUUGCUGAGACAUUUGUUCAGUGUUUCAGAGCAGAAUUUUACCUGCCCCUCCCCCCGCUGGUUAGUUUAUGUCUUAGUAUAUUUGCAUUUUUAAAUUAUGUAUUGGAAAACGAUUUAUUGCUGUAAAAAUGCAAUCAUUUUUAAGACUUCAAAAAAAUCAGGAUGUCUUCUUAAGAUAAUGGACUAGAUGAGUCAUUCUUCAGAGAAAUUUAGGUUGCAUUAAUAUUGGGUGACAAGCAUAUUCAGGGCAUAAAUAUCUAUAGAAAUUUAUUGAACCAAAGCCAGUUCUCAUUAUGAAAUAAUUUCUAAGGUGCUAUGUCUUGUGUUUUAUUUUAGAAUAGUACGUAACAAAUAUUUUCAAUGUGUGAGAAAUGCUAAAUCAUCCUAAGUAGGAAUUUGGUGAUUUCCCAGAGGAAUUGGAAACUAGGUAAUUUUAUGAUGGCAUUGAGAAAUUCUUCUGGACUAUUUUGGAGGUAAAAAUUGAUAAUGGGUAUGAUUUUAAUUGACUAGCUGUCAUCUAGUGGUGACCUUAGGAAAAUAUCACUGUAAAUAGGUUGCUGAUAUGGAUUUUGGCUUAAAAAUUCAACCUUAUUUGCAUUCAUAGGAAAUAAUUUAAAAGUGAUUUAAAAAGUGAUUUUUGCACUUUUUAAAAAAUUCUUUAUUCAGUUUUGAUUGGCUUGCCACAGUAAAAUUGUUAAAUUUUGUGCCUUGAGAUCAAAGAGUACUUGAAUCAUGUCCAUGUGGACAUUGUAUUUUAAUUUUUAAAGUUCUUGCUGUGACACUGACACAUGACUGCCUUUUCAUUUGUCUGUUUGAAUGACAAGUGUCUAUUAUGUCUAAAAAGUACCCAAUGGAAUUAGUGGAUCAAAAAGCCUCACCCUAAGUGACUAAUAGGAAAACCUAUUUAAAAAGUACUAAUGUAUGAUGUAAUCGUGCCGAACUUCCAUCCUCUGAGGAAUUAGAGAGUAGGACUAAAAUAUUUUCAUGAAGAACGUGGCAUUACAAAAAAUACUUAGGAUAUUGGUAUAGUAAUACCUGAGUACUUAUAGCCAAGUGAUUUGGUCUUUAAAUACUGCUUUUGUUUUCUGACUCUUGUGGUUGACUUCCAUUAAUUUGAAAUAGUUCUGUCUGGUCUCUGAAGGAAAAUUGCCUAUUCAUGACCGCUAGACUGAAAUAGAUACGAAAAUAUAACUAAAUGAGACAGUAAUAACAUGGCUUUGAAUCAUAAAGGAAGGUGAUAAUGCAGCUGAUCCUCACUUUUCACAGGUUCGAUAUUUGUGAAUUCUGCUCGCUAAAAGUUAUUUAUAACCCCAAGUUAAUACUUGUAGAACCUGUCGUUCGUUCAUGGACACACGCACAGUGGGAAGAAAUGUGAGUCUCCUGAUGCACGUGCUCCAAGCUGAGGUCAAGCAAGACUCUGUUUUUUGCUAAGAUUGACUUUGCCUCAGCAUCAACAAACUCUUCAUCUAAGAUUGGUUCCUGUGUGUCCUAUGUUUACAAGUCAGUGGAAGUUACAAAUCAGCACAUACAAGCUGAAAAGCCAAAUAAGGAAAUGUAAUCCUUCUCUUGACAGUUUUAAUUUAACUUGGCUAAGGCCAGUUUUUAGGUUGACCUGGGCAGAAAAGUGAAAAGAGAAUGCUCCACUUUAACCGAUGUCCACGUCUGAAACACAUAGCCCAGAAAUGUUUUUCUAGUGUACAUGUUAGAGCGGAUAAACACGUGCAGCUGUUUCUUUCCAGAACCUUUGCACUUGCAGAAUUCAGGAAGUCAUGGCACUCAACCCACUCUCUUGUUGGAGACAAAAAUAUUAUCCUCAUGGGGCCUCCCGGUGCUGGGAAAACAACAGUAGGCCGAAUAAUAGGUCAGAAACUAGGUUGUUGUGUCAUAGAUGUGGAUGAUGAUAUCCUUGAAAAAACCUGGAAUAUGAGUGUGUCUGAAAAAUUACAGGAUGUUGGUAACGAACAAUUUUUAGAAGAGGAAGGAAAAGCUGUGUUAAACUUCUCUGCAUCUGGAAGUGUGAUUUCCCUUACUGGGUCCAAUCCAAUGCAUGAUGCUAGCAUGUGGCAUCUGAAGAAAAACGGAAUAAUUGUAUACCUGGACGUACCUCUAAUAGAUAUAGUCAGUCGUUUAAAAUUCAUGAAAAUAGACAGGAUCGUAGGUCAGAAUGCUGGUUCAACCAUGAAAGACAUACUUAAAUUUAGAAGACAGUAUUAUAAGAAAUGGUACGAUACCCGGGUUUUUUGUGAAAGCGGGGCUUCCCCAGAGGAGGUAGCUGACAAGGUGCUUAAUGCAGUUAGGAGAUACCAAGAUGUGGACUCAGAACCGUUCAUUUCGACCAGACACAUUUGGCCUGAAGACUGCGAGCAGAAGGUUUCAACAAAAUUCUUUAGUGAAGCAGUGAUUGAAGGGUUAGCUUCUGAUGGUGGACUCUUCGUUCCUCAGAAGGAAUUUCCAAAAUUAAACUGUAGGGAGUGGAAAAGCCUUGUAGGAGCAACCUACGUAGAAAGAGCACAGAUACUGCUGGAGAAGUGUAUACAUCCUGCUGACGUGCCAGCCGCCACGUUGGGAGCAAUGAUCGAAACCGCGUACGGGGACAACUUUGCCUGCUCGAAAAUCGCCCCCGUCCGGCACCUUUCAGGCAACCAGUUCAUCCUGGAGCUAUUUCACGGGCCAACAGGGUCAUUUAAGGAUUUGUCCUUACAGCUUCUGCCUCAUCUUUUUGCACACUGUAUUCCUCCAAGCUGCAAUUACAUGAUACUUGUAGCUACUUCUGGGGACACAGGCAGUGCGGUCUUAAAUGGUUUUAGUCGUAUUAGUAAGAAUGACAAGCAAAGAAUAGCUGUGGCCACAUUUUUCCCUGAUAAUGGAGUCAGCGAUUUUCAAAAAGCACAAAUUAUUGGCAGCCAGAGAGAAAAUGGGUGGGCAGUGGGUGUCAAGUCGGAUUUUGAUUUUUGCCAGACAGCUGUCAAAGGAAUUUUUAAAGAUUCUGAUUUUACUGGCUUUCUUAUUAUGGAAUACGGGACCGUCUUAAGUUCAGCUAAUUCCAUCAACUGGGGCCGGCUGCUUCCCCAAGUAGUUUAUCAUGCUUCUGCAUAUCUUGAUCUUGUUAGCCAAGGAUUUAUUUCUUUUGGAAGCCCAGUGGAUGUCUGUAUUCCCACAGGAAACUUUGGUAACAUUUUAGCAGCAGUGUAUGCCAAAAUGAUGGGAAUCCCUAUUCGAAAAUUUAUUUGUGCCUCUAAUCAGAACCAUGUUCUGACUGAUUUUAUAAAAACAGGACAUUACGAUCUAAGGGAAAGAAAAAUAACUCAGACCUUUUCCCCAGCAAUAGACAUUCUUAAAGCUUCAAACCUGGAACGACAUUUGCACAUGAUGGCUAAUCAAGAUGGUGGAUUAAUGACAAAGUUAUUUAAUCAACUAGAAGAGCAGCAUCACUUCCAGCUAGAGAAGAUGCUAGUUGAGAAACUUCAGCAGGACUUUGUAGCUGACUGGUGCUCUGAGAGAGAGUGCCUUGCGGCCAUUCAUUCUACCUACAACACCUCAGGGUAUAUUCUGGAUCCACACACUGCGGUCGCAAAAGUGGUUGCAGACAGAAUGCAAGACAAAACUUGCCCAGUGAUUGUCUCAUCCACAGCCCAUUACUCCAAGUUUGCACCUGCUAUCAUGCAGGCUCUGAAGAUUAAAGAAAUCAACCAUACUUCUUCAAGUCAGCUUUAUUUACUGAGUUCAUACAACGCAUUACCUCCACCACAUGAAGCUUUAUUAGAAAGAAUGAAGCAGCAAGAGAAGAUGGAGUACCAGGUCUGCACAGCUGAUGUGAGUGUCCUAAAGAAUCAUGUGGAAAAACUAAUACAAAAUCAAUUCAUAUAAAAAUGUUUCGAGUAAAAUAUUUUUUUCUGGUGGUAAGCAUGCAAUAAUAAACUACAAACAUUGAUUUGGA